GCGCUAUCUAUGGAGCAAUUAGUUUGUGCUCCGUUUCUUCUGCUUGUUCUUGUGCUUGAUAAGACAUGACAGCGGUUAAUGGUUGGUUAUUAAACAAUCUUUCCACGAUGUAUAGACACGCAUCGUGUUUUAAUUUUUAUCCCUUAAUCAGUUUCCUACAAGCGCGAAAUUAUGCUGCCAGAAAAGGUACGAGAGAAAAAGCAAGGAAGAAAAAAAUCAAAAAGGUCAUUGAAAAGGUGGGCUUCAUCCCGCAUGAUCAGAGAAUGAAAGUUACAGGUGUAAAGAAGACACUCGAGCUAAAGGAUAUUUCACCAGAUGACAGUAAGAAGCCCGAACCAAUAGAUAAUGUAUGGAUUUCAAGAUAUCAUAAAUGGAAAAUUGAUUCAUUUGAAGAAGCAGUUCAGAAUCAUCGUGAAACACAUCAUCCCACUAUAUAUAAUUUGCCAAAUGAACCUAUAAAAGCAUUUCUAGAAUUGGAUAUGCAAGGUGUGAAAAAGACAAAAUUUGUCGAUCCUUUUACACGAAUAGUAUGUCUACCACAUGUAUUCGAUCAUGGUCAAACCAGAAAACUACUAGUAUUCUGUAAGAGUCUCGAAAUGGAAGAGAUUGCAAGAAAUGCUGGAGCUGAUUAUGUUGGUGGUAAACAAUUAAUAAAACAGAUUCAGAAUGGACAAUUUUCAAUGAAGGAAUACGAUAUUAUUUUGUCAGAACCAACUAUUUUACCUGAUUUGUUAUUAAUUAGGGGACUUAUGAGAAAAAGAUUUCCCAGUGCUAAAUCAGGUACUUUGGAUACUGAUUUAAAAACAAUGAUAACGAAGUUUUCAACUGGUAUGAAAUAUAUGGGAAAGCCACAUGAAAUUCUUAAGUCUUUUGGAACCGUCGAUAUUGCAUUUGGAACGCUUGAUAUGGACACAAAACAGUUGGAGGAGAAUUUUGCUAUCAUUAUUAAAGAUGUCAACAAAGCGAGACCACGUCGACCAGGACCUUUCAUCACAAGAGCUCUAAUUACGUGUUCGCCAUCGCCAGAAAAGUUUAAAGUUGACUUUGAACAGUAUCUAUCUGAAGAUAAAGUAACAGAAGAAGCAGAAGAAGAAGAAGCAAGGCAAGACGCUGUUAUCGCAUCUCAUUAAAUUUGUUCACAGGACUAUAUAUAAUAAAAUAAUAUGUAUAGUUA